AUGGCUGCAAACAAGCACAAGGAGAUCCUCUUCGUUUUCCACGAUCAAAAGCAAUCGAAACGAAGUCAGGAGCUCCAGGAUGCAAAGCGGAGAGCUCAUGCCGCCAGGCAAUCCGCACGCAAGAACAGAGAGGUGGUUGUCAACGUUCCAUCGAGCUUGUUACCCAACGCCGACCGUACAGUUGUUGAAUAUGAGCUUCCAGCUCGUCCAGCCGACAGAGGCCCCGUCAGAAGGUACCCGACACUGCCGCCGAUUGAUGCCAUACUAGAUGAGGAUCAGUCUCCAGGCCUGCUCAGCUCUCCUAGGAUAUCCCCGAAGAGUAUACUGUCGCAAGAUUUGGCAGAUCCUUUUCGAACGACAAUCGUUGGACAGCUUCCGACAGUGCUGCAAAAGGGUCUUCAUGAUGCACAAACCUCGAUCUGGCCAACACUGGUGCCACUAGUCCCGCGAGAACAGGCGACAUUCUUCUACCGUCGGUCUGCCAUUGAUACCCCGGAACAGAUGUCGCAUCAAAUCGAUGCGGCAGCGGCGAUCACCGUACAGUAUGUAAAGAUGAAAGACCGAGAAAGCGCAAACGAAAUCAUCGCUAUCGGAAAGGCGCACCGCUUGCGAUCGAUUGCUUGGGUCAAUAAUCAAAUUGUGAACGCCAACGGGCCGCCCGAAUCGGCGGUCAUUGCAGCACUCAUGUCUUUGGUCUCACAUUCGGGCCUGCAGAGACCUGACGUGCGACGCAAAUAUCGGGUGGAACCAGAACUCAUGGCAGAGUUCGCAUCGUUAUUCAGCUCGAUACGGAUUUUAUCCGACGACAUCGAGUUCCUCCAUGCUGUCGUAGAGAUGAAAGGCGGUGAUGCGUGGAUUGGCUCCGACACGAUCGAUCAAGACCUCCCACUGAGGCUGAUGUUGAACCACUUUGACAUCUUCAUCGCUACGAGACGUGGAAUUCGCCCAAUGUGGAAGUCGAUGGCUGCAGUUCCUGCACAAAUCCUUGAGCAGUACAAGGAGUCGCGUAUUGAUGGGAACCAGGCAACCACGGGUAGCUGCCUAGGAUUUACGCUGAUUCAGGAUCACGGGCUUCGGUCCGCCAUCGAUGUUGCACGAGUCACCGUCAACGCCCUGGACUCGUAUCGAAGCGAGCGUCCUGGAUCACCAAGUUAUUCUCUGGUCGUCCAUAUGCGCAUGUACGCACAGCACCAGCUUCUCAUGCUGUACCCAGAUCCGUAUGGGCGAGGUGAGCUGCAAGCACUUGCUUCGGUCAUUCAUGCAGCUGCCCUGGUGUUCAGCGAUAUGGUGCUGUUCACCCUGUCGCCCACGUGUCUGACAAGAGCAAGGCUGCUGAACGAUCUUUACAUCGCGCUCGGAAAGUUCUCCUGGUCAUCUUGCCAGACCGAAGCCGAGACGAAGGUCCGCUUCUGGGCGGUGAUGGUGCUAGGCGUCGGAUCUAUCACGAGGGACCGAGCCGACCUUUAUGCUCUGGCCGAACUUCGAGACCAGGAUAUGUUCUCCACAUCUGUACCAUGGAAAACCCACGAACAGGUCCUGAGAGACUUCCUCUGGUGGGGCCACAAUCUGUCUGCGCCAGCACACGAUGUAUGGGUCCAGGUAGCACGUAACACACAGGAACGACGUCCGGCAGGCUGA